AUGGCCGAUCAAGCAAUCGCUCCUUCAAUCGAACGGUCAGUCGAGCUGCGUUGCGUAGGAGACUGGGGGCAGGCCAACUUCCACCGCAUUUUGUCAUGGCUGACACAAGAGUUCUGCGACCGUGCAGGCCCUGCCAGUCGAACCAUGAUUAUGUCCUUGAGGGAUGGUGGGCUCGAUUCCCUCAUCCAAGUGCAUAACGGGCAAGCAGACCUGGGCAUUGCCACGCCUGCUGCAUUACUUCCGGCCGCAAUCGAAGGCAAGGAACUAUUUGCACCAGUAGGUGCGAUGCCGGAUUUACGCGCUCUUGCUGUCUUGCCGCAGCGCGAUCGGAUGAUGUUUGCUGUCAAUCCCUCGCAUGGCGUCCAAUCUUUUACUGAAAUCUACGCGAAGAAGAUACCGUUGCGCAUUGCUGUCUCGGCUGAUGAUGGGACCAAUUUUAUCGGAUAUGUCUCGGCCCGGAUACUUGAGGCACACGGUUUGGGCGAGGACACGGUUCGAUCUUGGGGUGGCUCAUGGGUGAAGGCAUGUAGACCAGAGCAGGUUCUAGCCCUGGUAGAGUCCGGCCAGGCAGAUGCAGUGAUACAAGAGGCUAUUAUGACGCCUUGGUGGAGAAAUUUGAUCGAGACGCGCGCAAUUGUACCCAUCCCCGUUGAAGAUGGCCCGAUGAAUCAACUGUCAUCCCUGAUAGGCUUUCAACGAGCUACCGUAAAGGCCGGUUUCUGGAAUACUGUCAAUGAAGACAUCGCCUGCGUCGACUUUUCCGAUUUCGUGGUCCUCGUGCGGUCUGAUAUGGCCGACGAUGUAGCCUAUCUGCUGACGUGGUGCCUGGUUGAGACAAGGGCUACCAUUGAAGCGCAGUAUAAGCACAUACCUCCUGAACGCAGCCCUCUGUCUUACCCCCUUGAGCCGUCAAAAAUGGCUCAGUCAACUGUACCUCUGCAUCCAGCGGCAAAGAGAUUCUAUCACGAGAGGGGUUUUCUUACUUGA